CGGACUUUAGUAAAUAUGGCGGCGCACUGUAUGGCUGUCAUGCGGCUUAAGGCUCUCUUUAACCUUGGAACGAAAGCUUCAUUAGCCAGAAACAGAACCGGGCUGGACUGGACGUGGACCAGCCGGUACAGAACAAGAGCGGGGACAGCUCCCAGCGGUGGGGCAUCAGCCUCAGAAACAGGUCGAGGUGAGUCCGACCUCCUUAUGGAGUUUCCCCAAGCAAAGAGUCUUUUGCACUCGACUGUGUCCAGAUCACUGGGACAGUCUGAUGUCUCUCAGUACAUCCAGUACCACUGCACAGACGGGGAAGUUAAGAGGGCGACAGUCACGCUUCUCUGGCCCCAGAGGAUUGAAACGGAGGGGUUUGGCUCUCGGAAGGUGCAGGCAGAGCGACGCGCUGCAGCAGCCGCCUGCCGAAGGCUGAAGGAGCUGGGAAUCCUGAGUCCAGGGAACCAGCUGCCCAGCCGGAAGCGGUCCAGGAAGCCUGGAUGGCAGCCGUCCGUUUGGGAGGAUGCGGAGGAGGCCUUGGGUGCACCCGAAGACCUGGAGCUGAGCCGGACCUCGGCCAGCGGCAACCGGGGGACUGCGAGAAGCCCAGGAGUGAUGGACCCUAAGGUAGCAGAGGCUCUUUCCAUCUUCUCGAAUCCCAAGGCUCUUCUGGUGAAGGUCAUCCAAGUGGCCGCAUCAUCUAAUAGAGUCAAAGAGCUGCUACACUACAGGACAUCCGGCGGGAAGGUGAAGGAAUGUGAGCUCACCGUGCGCUGGCCCCAGCCCAUGACCUUCCGCGCGUGCGGCCGACGCAGGCUGGAGGCCGAGACCCACGCCGCUGCGCUAGCGUGCCUCCGGAUGAAGGAUCUGAAGCUGCUGGAUGAACAGAACAGUCCUCUGACCCAUGCCAAGUACCACCAGGAGGAGGUGCGGGAGGCAGGAAGGCGUGAGAAGCGGCCGUGCCGUCUGGAGAUACCCGAGCACCUGCAGCGCGGCAUUCAGGAGUACCUCGCUGAGUAUCCUGUGAACGCAGAGGCGCAGAAACUGUGGGACGAAGAGGAAGAGCGAUCUGAGCAGCGGCAGUCUUCCUCGCUCAGUGAGGAAGAUGAGGACAACGAGGGUGAUCGUGUCCCUGAUGCCAUUACCGGCAGACCGUACCGCCCCCUGAGCACACAGGAGGCCAAACAUCUGAGCGACAGCCUCCUCAGACAGUGGGAGAAGGCGGGUCCAGCGCAGGGGGCGGAGCUUCCAGUAGACUUUCACCGGGAAAAGCUGGUGGCGGCGUCGGAGGCCUCCCGGGUCGUGGUGGUAGCCGGGGAGACGGGCUGCGGGAAGACCACGCGUAUCCCACGCUUCCUACUGGAGGGGCACAUUAUGGCAGGCGAGGGUGCCCACUGCAACAUCCUGGUCACACAGCCUCGCAGAAUCAGCGCGGUCUCGGUGGCUCAGCGCGUGGCUCAGGAAAUGGGCCCCGCCCUCCGCCACGCUGUCGGCUACCAGGUGCGCCUGGAGUCGCGGCCUCCGGAGCGCAGCGGCGGGGCGCUCCUCUUCCUGACGGUGGGCGUGCUCCUGCGCAAGCUGCAGGCGGACGGGGCGCUGCGGAGCGUGAGCCACGUGCUGGUGGACGAGGUGCACGAGCGGGACGUCAACACGGACCUGCUGCUGGCGCUGCUGCGUACGGCGCUGACCCGUAACCCACGCCUCCGCGUGGUGCUCAUGAGCGCCACGGGCGACACGCAGCGCCUGGCCGACUACUUCGGCGGAUGCCCUGUGCUGCGCGUGCCUGGGUCCAUGCACCCCGUGCGGGAGAGGUAUCUGGAGGAGGUGCUACAGGAGAUGGGGCGCCCUCCGGUGGCGAAAGGGAGCAUGCAGGGACAGAAUGAUGCGGGUCCUGACCUUGAUUUGGUAGCAGAUGUGAUCGACCACAUUCACCUGCAGGGAGAACCAGGUGCUGUGCUGUGCUUCCUGCCUGGCUGGCAGGACAUAAAGUCUGUGCAGCAGAGGCUGGAGGAGAAACGGGCCUUCAGAUCGGGCUCACAGGUCAUCCUACCACUACACUCCAGCAUGUCGGUGGCAGACCAGCAGGCUGUGUUCCAGCGUCCCUUGGAGGGCCGCCGCAAGAUUGUCCUGGCCACCAACAUCGCAGAGACGUCUAUUACCAUCGAUGACAUAGUGCACGUAGUGGACGUGGGGUCUCAGAAGGAGCAAAGCUAUGACCCCAGGACCAAGGUUUCAUGUUUGGACACAGUCUGGAUCUCGCACUCAAAUGUCAUUCAGCGGAGAGGCAGGGCAGGCCGAUGCCAGCCUGGCCACGCCUACCACCUGUUUCCACGGCAGCAGCUGGAGACCAUGACCACAUUUCCUGUCCCUGAGAUUCAGCGCACCCCCCUGGAGAGCCUUGUAGUUCAGGCUAAAAUCCACAGUCCACAUAUUAAGGCUGAGGACUUCCUAUCCCAGGUGCUGGACCCUCCAGACGCAGGGGCAGUGAGGGACGCCGUGAAGACCCUGCAGGACAUCGGGGUGCUGGACGAGGCAGAGUGUCUUACCCCACUGGGCGAGCGAGUGGCGUGCGUGUCCUGCGACCCACGCCUGGCGAAGGCUCUCGUCCUGUCCGCCCUGUUCCGCUGCGUCCUGCCCAUGCUGUCCGUGGCUGCCUGCCUGACCCGAGACCCGUUCUACAACAGCCUGCAGAACCGCGCCCUCGUGGCCAAGGCUAAGGAGGCCCUGAGUGGCUCUAGCUGCAGUGACUAUGUGGUGUUCAGCAGGGCUGUCCAGGGCUGGCGGGAGACGUCCCACAGAGACAGUCGGCAGGAAUACCUGGACUCUUACAGUCUGUCAGGAGCCAGCCUGUGGUUUAUCCGUGGCCUCACUCAGCAGUUCAGUGAGAAUCUGGUGGAGGCGGGGCUUGUGGCUCAUUCUGCCGAUUGUCUCCGCCCCUCGACCCGGGUCAACCACUGCAGCCGUGAGGAGCAGCUUUUUAAAGCUGUGCUGUUUGCAGGCUUUUACCCAAACCUCAUACAGGUGAAACGAGGCACUGUGACCAAAGGAGGCCGGUUUCGUCCUGACAACCUGUCCUACCGCACCAAGAGUGGGCCUGUGUUACUCCACCGGUCAACGGUCAACAGGGGUGAGAAGCAGCUCCCCAGCCGCUGGCUCACGUUCUUCUCUGCGGUCAAAUCAAACGGAAAUGUCUUCAUAAGAGACUCGUCCACCGUGCACCCACUGGCCCUUCUCCUCCUGACCGACUGUGACCUGGUGGAGAGAGUGUAUGAAGACAGGGCGGAGGUGUCUCUGCCAGAACAUUCUCUCGUGCGAUGGGAGAUGUCUGCUCAGAGCUGGGAGCUGCUGUGGGAGUUCCGCACAUCCAUUCAGGCCAUGAUUUACCGCAACCUCCGACCUUUGACCUGCGACUCGGUGUGUGAAGACAGCACCGCUCAAGAUGGUCAUCUGAUCUCUUUACUGGUGGACCUCCUGAACAGCACCGAUCCAGACUCUAAUGGUGAUGACCAGAGUGAUGCCGAAUGAUGGGGCUUUUGCCAGUGUUUCACUGGGACAGUGGAAGGCAACGUUACAUGCAGCUACAGCAUUCUGUAUGACCCAAAAGAAAGAACAUGCGAAGCACUUGGGCGUGUUUUUAUCCUGGUACUGCUCCUUUGCUGGGAUCUCCUGAGCAUGUCCAUGCUUUGCCCUCUCACCCCAGAAUGGUGUCUGCAGAUGGAUGAACAGUGAAUAAGGCGAAAGUAGCACCUUCCAUGGAAGGCAUGUGCAGUCCGCUUGGCCCUACAGCUGUGAAGAAGAACUGAAUGUAUGGACGAGGGGACAGUAUGUGAGGCAACAGUUACCUAGUAAUUGAAAAGCAGAAGCUAUUUGAACUAAGAUCAAACGUUAAUGUUAUUCAUCCUGUCACCCUUACCGUGCUGAAAGCGCAUUUAUUUAUUGCCUUUUUUUAUUUUUGUCAUUAUAAUUGAUGAUGAUACUGAAUGAUAAUGAUGCAAUGAAAUGUAUAGUGUCA